CAGAGAGCAGGAGACAGAAAAGCAACUAGGCAGAGAGAGGGAGCUGGCGGACUGGUGGCCUUGCAUAACACUCAGUGGAGCAGCCUUUCACGCAGGUCUUGGUGGGGUCUGCAGCACUGGGGAACUUCCUUUUACCACUGGCCCUCGUUGCAAAGGGCAGGUAAGCCUGCGAACCGGAAUCCACAGAGACAGCUGCACAAAGGACAGAAUCAGGAAGAAGAAUCCUGGGAUACUUAGACACAAACUGACACUGACAGGAAGAAUCAUUGGACAUGAUCUGCAGGCAGUGGCUGUGGACAGACUGAUUUUUGUCAACAUUGUGGAAGAGGCGGAUUGGUCAAACAUGAUUCCUCAUGAAGUUUGUGGGGCUCAUUUUUUGAGCUGGAACGACUCCAUCUUCUCUUGUGCGGCAGCUGGAGUUCUCCAUCAGUGAACACAACGAGUCAAAGCCAAAGAGAGCACACGGAGGGCUCUAAACAAUACCACAGAGAAAAUAUUCUCAAAGGUACAGAGAAGUAGUACAAAGGAGCUUUAAAACAUCUUGGGCACAAUGAAAGCCAAUCAAGAGCGGAGCAAUGGAUGCCUGCCUCCUAAGAAGCGUGAGAUCCUGGCUCUGGAGCAGAGGCCAGUUGUAGUAGCUGCAACUACACCUCCUGUUGCAGUACCCACUGACAGUCCCCACACAGAAAACCUGGCCUGGCUUGCAAGUGUGGCCAGUGAACGCUGCAAGUCCAGAGAGACAGAAAGUCCAAGAUGUCCUGUUCCCUCAACAUCUUCUUCUUCUCCUACCACGUCGAUCCCUUCCCCAGCAACUACCCUUUCUGCGGUGCCCUUGGCCUCUCUGCCUGCAGUUUAUCCAGCAGCCCUUCCCCAACAGGCUGGAACAAUCCAGUUUACCCAGCUGGGACCCAAUGUGCAAUUCAUCAGCUCUGGGCCCUAUGCUGGGUACAUCUCCUCCCAUAUCAUUCCAACUAAUGCUACUUCUGCACCUAAUAGCUCUGCAUUAGUAGGACAGCGCACCCAGAUAGAUGGUUACACCACUGCCCUUAUAUCACCCAGCACCAAAGGGGAGCAGCAGUUUCAAAUUGGACUCUCCCCUUCAGAGUUGGCUCCUGUCACACUUCCAAGUUCUCCCCAAGUAACCAAUCAGUACAUCCAUCUGGACAAUAGAACACCUUUGACUGUGAGUGGAAACGCAGUCGCAUCACCUGUGGCUCACCUUCAGCUCCACCCUCAUGCAACUGUGCUCCCACAAACGCUUACACUUGCCCCAUCACAGCUUGUGGUUCAGUAUGCAGAUGGUUCAGCUGGAAAGAAACCUGAAGGCCAUGCUAAGAGUGUGCUGAAUGGGGAAGUGGAAGUGGUCAAACAAGCCAAAGUCUCUGGGGCCAACCAUCAGCCUGUCCAGAGCUAUGAGACCAGACAUAUCCUCCUACCUGCUGACUAUGGCCAAAACCCUGCAGGACUGCAGACGUCUUUGGUGCUUGUCGCCCAGCCAAACCAUGGAGUGGAACAUGAUGCUGGCUCAAAUAAAAUUUCCCUGGUCCAGACUGAGAAAGGAAGCAUUUGUUUAGGGAAGCCUGUAUCCAGAGCUUCUUCGUUCACUUCACUUUCUUCCUCAGAUGUCGUCAAGUCGGUUCCUCAUACUGUCAUCCAAACCAGUCUGCCUCCUGAAGAACUGCCAGCCAGUCUCUACUCCUCCACACAGCCUCCCAUCAUUGGCUACAUCACCAGUGCAAACCAGCAUACUGUCAGCUACCAUGCAGCACUGCCACAGCACCUGGUCAUCCCAAGUGGCCAGUCCCUUCUCAUACCAGUCAGCAGUGCCAACAAUGGCACAGAAAUAGAGGUCAGUCGCACUGUCAGUGCCAUUACUGCCACUACCCCUCAAAUCUCCACCGCCAUGCCACAUGCCUACCUGGCCACAGCUCUAUCUAAAUGUGAAGCUCUUGGCCCAGAUGGAAAUCAACAGCCCUCUGCCCCACCACAGGCUGCUGCCUUGCCUGCAUUGCCCUCAAACCCAGCUCCCGCAGUGGUGGCUGCUCCAUCCCAAGCUCCCACUCCUGCUCCCACUCCUUCUCCCUCCUCUGUCCAAGCCUCUCCCUCUGUCUCUUCCCCAUCUUCUCCUGUAGCCCUCCCUCCUUUCUUUAUGCGAGGCUCUAUCAUCCAGCUGGCUGAUGGGGAGCUAAAGCGUGUGGAGGACCUCAAAACAGAAGACUUCAUCCAGAGUGCUGAGAUCAGCAGUGAGCUGAAGAUUGACUCCAGCACUGUGGAGCGCAUAGACUGUGGACAAAGUCCCAAUGCAGUGCUCAUUCAGUUUUCUGUGGGGGAGCUCAAAGCCCAGGUGUGCGUAGAGGUGCUGGUGGAGUAUCCGUUCUUUGUUUUUGGUCAGGGCUGGUCAUCUUGCUGUCCUGACCGGACCACGCAACUGUUUGAGUUGUCAUGUGCCAAGCUGUGUGUCGGUGACGUGUGUGUGUCACUGACCCUCCGCAGUUUGAGGAAUGGUUCACUGACAGAUAGUCAAGCAUUGGGGACCAAGCUGAAGAUGGGUUCACUCUCUGACCUGUCCCACUGCAUGGAUCCUACCGUGACGAACAGUAUCAAUCCCAACCCUCCUGGCAGUAAUGGUAGUCUUCUCAUGAAGGCUUCCACUGCCAACAGGAUGGAGAAACUUCAUGUUUCUGGACUUGGAGCAGGACAAACCGGUGGGCUCGUGACAUCACCGUCUCCAGAACAGGCAGAGGGGAUGUUCAGAGGUGGACCAAUCCUGGCAGGCUCUGGGGGGGCAGAAGUAAGACAGGAACCACUGAAAACAGACAUAUCUGCCCUCUGUUCUGAUCCAGAGAGACCUUUUGUUCGCAAGAGACGCUGGUCAGCUCCAGAGCGAGACCAGACUGAGAAAGCUGAAGAAGAGCCACCUGUGACUCUGCCCAAGCCCUCCUUUCUACCCCAGGAAGUCAAAAUCAGCAUAGAGGGCCACUCAAGCGCUGGGGGCGAAAGAUUCCUCAAGAAAAGAGCUGACUGUUAAGAGAAUUUUAAAAUACCUAUUGUCAGCUUUGUGUUUAGCUUCUCUUUCUUUUCACUCAAUCAUGACUACUGUAAUAUAGCCUGAGAUUUUGCAGGAUAUACAUGUUUUCUUUCACACAAGGAAGAAGUAACGUAGAGCACCUUGACAAGUGGUAACACACAAGAUCAGUGCAAUCAAUGCUGAAAGCAACAAUGAAUGCAAAGUGAAUGUUGAUCAUGAAAGGCGGACGUCUGUUAUAAGAGGGAUUUAUGUGGGACUAGAAUGAUUUUUCUAUUAACACAAUGAAGCACAGACACUGUUGACAUUUUUGAAGAAGUGUGUGAGUGGAAGGUUGAGUAAGAGACAUUUGGUGUUUUAAGGACGAUGAUUAAUUGGGUUGACUGAGAGCUUUUCUGUCUCAUUGGUCUGAUUUGACUUUUGUACUAUCAUCUAUAACUUUCACACCAUCAUGACUGCCUGAGCUGUAGUUAGAGGCCUUGUUCCUCUGUGCGAAUGUUUGUGUUUGGUUGUUGGUGUGUAUGUACUGUUUUUUUUUUUUUGUUUUUUUUUUUUGCUGUGGCUGUCAAAUGGAGCAGAGAAUAUGAGGCGAUAUUGUUAGCUGCGAACUCGAUCCAAGUCGUGGAAAUGAUGACUAAGAAGGCUUGAAUGUAAUAAUUCCCUUGAUAAUGACUCAACAAGUCAUGCAUGUGCUGUUUGUUACCAGCCUGAUGUGUAAAAUGAGAAUGUGGCUAAGAGUCUGAUGCAAUGC